AUGUUAAAAUUAACACUCAUUUUAACUAUUGUUGGAUAUCUCGUUAUUGUGACUGGCUCAGAUAAUUGUUCUGGAAGAAAUGAAUAUUAUGAGAAGUGUGCAAAUACUUGUAGCCCACAGACAUGCGACAGCAUCGGCAAAGUUUACCACUGUCCAAGGAUAAAAAUUGACUGUGUGGGCAUGUGCAAAUGUAUUGAUGGAUUCUAUAGGAAUGCAGCUGGUGAAUGUAUAUCAGAAGAACAGUGCUAUAAUCAACUAAACGCUGAUAGUUCAACGUCGCAAGAUACGCUUAAAUAUCCACCAGUCCCUACAUCAACUAUAAAUUCUUCAAGCGAUAGUCAAGACUUUUCAAGCAGCAGUGAAGACGAUGAUGUUACUUCUAGUGCCAGUAGCAGCGAAGAAGGUGGUAAUUUACAAACGAACCCUAAAUGCGGCCUCAACGAAGUUUUCGACCUUUGUCCAGCGCCAUGUCCCCCCAAAAGGUGUGAUGUUGAUGAACGGGUGAUAAGAUGUAAAAGCCCUCCAAAAUUGGGUGAUAAAGAAUGUGUACCAAGUUGUCGUUGCGCUGAUAAUUACUACAGAAACAAUGAAGGAUUAUGUGUCCUCAAAAGUCAAUGUCCUAAAUGUCUAGGAAAAGACGAAGUAUAUGAAGAAUGUCCCAGAACCUGUCCACCACAGACCUGCGAAAGUAUAUGGUCAAAGGUCUCUUGUCCGGUAAGACCGGCUGUUUGCAUGCCCUCCUGCCGCUGCAAGCCUGAUAUGUACAGGAACAAAUUGGGAGAAUGUAUUUCAAGAGAAGAUUGCCCGGAGUGUAAAGAGAAUGAGGUGUAUGUUAAAAAUAUAAAAGCAAUUGCUCGGCCGUCAACAUGUUCGGAAUCAAUAUUGGGCCUAAUGGAAUACGAAAAAGAAAGUUCUAGAAAACCAACACCCGGCUGCGUAUGUGCUGAAGGUUAUGCAAGGAACCACGAGGGGCGUUGCAUUCCUACUGAAGACUGCUAUGCUGAUGUAGGUGUUACUAAUUUUGACACGAUCGAUACAAACCAAACCGAAGUUAUAGUGAUAACUGCUGUAGCAUAUUUAAUUCCAUCAUCAGUUUGUGGCCCUCAUGAAGUCUGGUCAGACUGCAUUAUUCCUGGAUGUGAUAAUUUAAAUUGUCUAGACUUGAUACCGCCAAAAAAUUGCCUGCCUUUAGCGGGAAAAUGUCAAAAAGGUUGCCGAUGUAGGAAUAACUACCUGCGUGAUAAAAAUGGCGUUUGUAUUCCUAUCGCAGAUUGUCCUGCGCCAAAAUGUCCAGGCAGAGAUGAAGUGUAUGAGUUAUGUCCAAAAACAUGCCCUCCGCAAACUUGUCGAGGUCUUCAAGCGAUGUACAAAUGUUCCGCAAAUGUAACAAAUUGCGAACCUUCAUGCCGGUGCAAACCCAAUAUGUACCGUAAUGAGCUUGGGCAAUGCAUAACUAGACAACAGUGCUCACAGUGUAAAGAUAAUGAAAUGUAUAUACGUAAUAUGAACGAAUGGCACAGACCUAAAAGUUGUGCAGAUUUGAAUAAUCCUCAACGAUUUUUCUCAACGCAACUUAACACCAAUAUGUCGGAGAGACCGGGCUGCGUCUGUGUCUCCAAUUAUGUGAGAAAUGAUGAAGGCACCUGUAUACCUAUUAAACAAUGUCCACCACAGUGCGGGAGGAAUGAAAUAUACGUAAAUAAUACAAGAGCCGUAUGCCAGCCUACCAGAUGCUCUCAAUUGGGAUAUCCUCUAGAAUGCGAACUUCUCGAAGAUUCCAGCAGUAGUGAAGCACACCCUGGAUGCAUGUGUAAAGAAGAUUACGUCAGAGACGACAACGGUGAAUGUAUUGCCGCUGAAAAAUGCCCAUCUUGUGGCGGGGACCCAAACGCAACAAAGGGGUGUGGCGUAUAUUGUAAUACUUGCGACACCUUAAGGAACGGUCCCAGACCCUGCCCUAGAAUAUGCGUUAGAAACGGUUGCAAUUGUAAAAAGAAUUAUAUAUUUGACGCAACACAAUCAAAAUGUGUUCUACCAGAGAACUGCGGUAACGAAUAUUCUUCUGCGACUUCUACAUACAACAGCUAUGUUUCUUCUGAACAGAACUCGUUUGCUUACCAGGAGCAAGAUGGCACUGAGACGCCAUCGAAUCCAGAACCAAUUUGCGGCCCUGAUGAAGUUCCAGAUGGAUGUAUAAAUGGAGGCUGUGGGAGGCAAAAUUGUUCUCAGUUAGCUGAACCACAAUUGUGCAUCGAUUUAAUCGAAGGCUACUGUAAAAAAGGCUGCCGCUGCAAGGAGAAUUAUCUGCGAGAUGCAAAUGGGAUCUGUGUCCCCAUAACACAGUGUCCAAUUCCUGACUGCGGUCAAAACGAGGUGUUCGAUUUCUGCCCAGCCUAUUGCCUCCCAGAUUGUGAUGUUGACGAAAGUUUAAUUCUAUGUAAGGAAUCUCCAAAACUGGGAGACAGUGAUUGCAAUCCAGGCUGCCGAUGCGCUGAUAAUCUUUACAGAACUAGAGACGGCUCUUGUGUACCCAAAACCGAGUGCCCUAAGUGUGGACAGAACGAACAAUAUGUAAGCGACAUAAAUGAAAUGUGCAGAGCGGAAACCUGUGCAGAAUUAGGCUCAAAUUUGGAAUGUUUUGGUGAAGGAUAUACCAUCAGUUCACAGCCUGGAUGUAUCUGUGUUCAAGGUUAUGUGAAGAAUGACGAUGGAAUUUGUAUACCAGAGGAAAAUUGCCCCUCAUGCGGUGGAGACGCAAACGCCACUGUCGGCUGUGGAUCAUUUUGUACAACAUGCUCGAAUUACAAACAACAGGAUCAAAUCGCAUGUAUACAAUCGUGUCGGCUCAAUGGAUGUGCUUGUCGAACAAAUUACGUUUACAACGAAGACAUUAAGAGAUGCGUUCUCCCACAAGACUGUCCAUCUAGUCAAACCUAG